AUGCUGCAGGAGGCUACCACCAAUAAGCGACAAAUCACCCCCAACCUUGAGCGACACUACUCCCCAACCACUCCAUCCGAGAACACGCAUGUUACUCCUCCUCGAAGCCAACACUUUGCUGAUUACUUAGCGCAAGACCUUCAACCGUCAUACACACCAGAAGAGACUCUCAGACAGACGGACAAAAGGAAGUCUGGUAGUCUGGCCGCGCUAAAAAUAUCCCGGCUCAUAGAUACACCGUUGGUCACUGUCUCUGCCUGGCCAUGGACCACCGCCACCGACGACGACACCCUCAUCUCCCAUCUCAUCUCUAUGUGGCUGACCUGGGACAAACCAAUGUUUGACUUCAUAGAACGAGACCUGUUUAUUCGCGAUAUGCAGACUGGCCACCAUGAUGUUACAUAUUGCUCACAAUUUCUGGUCAACUCAUUGUUAGCCGUUGCGUGUCCAUACUCGGAUUUCCCAGAAGCUCGAUCAAGCCAUGGCAGAACUUCGGAGUUGAUGCGGUCCUUUCUCAAUGAUGCCAAGGAGCACUUGAGCAACGAUACCAGCAUAUCUAUAACCAAAGCUCAAGGACUUGGACUGCUCUUCAUCGCCCAUUCCGUUUUGGGCCAAGAUGCACUUGCUGUUGAGAUCUUCCAGCAGGCCGACGAUACGUGCCGAGCAUUGGAAGCUCAAUUAACAGCCUCUUCCGGUGCAGGAGUCUCGAAGGUGGAUAGCACUUUUCGCAAAGCACUGAACAAGACGCGUUGGGGUCUUUUCAAUCUCUCGACGCUUGUCAUCAAUGCGUUGCUCGUUCCUGCAAAGAUGUAUCCUCCUCUCGAACCUCCGCCCGAGUCAACGGGAGUUGCUGUGACAUGGUCACCGUACCCGCUUUCUGUGGUCCCACAUUUCCACUUCAUGGACGAGCUUUUUGCUCAGCAGUCACGCCUUUCGCUUAUCGUGCUAGACAUCAGUUAUCUGACAACUACGAAGAAUAGAUUAGUGCCACUCGAGGCAGCCGAGAUAUUCCUCCUUCACGAUCGACUUCCAGAAUGGCGUAACUCGAUGCCGGCUUUUCUUCUGCCUCAUUCAGAAGCCUCAGGACCAGUAUUGACACUUCAUUGCUACUAUCUCACUGUGGUCAUGAGCCUCGACGCCAUUGUCAGAAGCCAGGGCAUAGAGAUGUCAGCCGACCAGACAGCACAACUGAACGAGAAAAACACCCAAGCCGCCCUGGGAAUCAGUGUCCUGUGUGACACUCACACGAAACGCUAUGGCAACGCGCACAUGGCCGAGUAUUGGAUGCAACCCAUGAUCAGAGCACUAUACAUCCUCGUCACCUCCACACAAUCCGAUCAGUACAACAAGCAGAUGAUUUCGUUAGCAAUCUUCGCAAGGUCAAUGAGUCGUCGGUGGCCAUUGGCCCUGGCAUCUUUCGUGGCGUUGAAUUCGUCAGUGCACGAGUUGGGUAAACGGUUUCCGCCUGAGACAGACAAGCUCUUUGAAGAUCUCACAGUGAGAGAAUGGAAAGAGCGUGGUCCGCUAGUGAUCAAUAGCAAAUAUCCAGUGGUCGGUGAUCACGAGUAG